AUGCAGAUUUUUGUUAAAACACUUACAGGAAAAACGAUUACUCUUGAGGUUGAAUCGUCGGACACGAUUGAUAAUGUUAAAAGCAAGAUUCAGGAUAAAGAAGGGAUUCCUCCAGAUCAACAACGUUUAAUAUUUGCAGGAAAACAAUUAGAAGAUGGAAGAACUUUAUCAGAUUAUAAUAUUCAAAAAGAAUCUACGUUACACUUAGUUCUUCGUCUUCGUGGUGGAAUUAUUGAGCCAUCUUUAAAAGCACUUGCAUCAAAAUAUAAUUGCGAAAAGAUGAUUUGUCGAAAAUGUUAUGCACGUCUUCCUUUAAGAGCAACUAAUUGUAGAAAACGGUCGUGUGGGCACUCAAAUCAACUACGUCCAAAAAAGAAGCUGAAAUAA